AGCCACGUGGUCAAGCGGCAAGAACCAUCGAUGUAUUAUCAUCAAGGCACAUCGCUGAAAUUUCAAGUGGUCAAGUCACUGAAUUGAGCGAUACGUCUAUACGACAUGUCGCUGUUCUCGUCUGCAUUCGAUGAUGGUCCAUCAUUUGGUGCAGGACCCUCACGCUCCCCAAAGAGCGUUCAACAGGCAUCUUCGAAGGGCGUAACUGGGCGACAGCAGGAGACAAAGACCAAAGCUCGACCAUCCACGGGUCAGUCUCAUCAAAACGAGAGCAGCAGCCACAGAGAUCGUAACCAACAACAGGCAUCGAGGGGAUCACGGCCGUCAGAAGUGAGGGAUCAGAAGAAGAAGAAGUUGAAGGGCAAUGCAAAGCCACAGUCUGGGCAAGCGGGUGCCAUGGACAGAAUCGAGGAGACCAAGCGGAACUUGGAAAAGCUCAUGACUCGGCUGGAUGGCGGCAUCAGGGAGGACAAGGAGGAUGCCAGACCAAUGGGUUCAGGUAAUGGGAACAAGAAGAGAAAGAAAGCUGUAGAAAAAGAGAGACAGGAUCAUGACGCCUCAUCCUCACUGCCCAAAACAAAGCAUCCCUCGGCGGGCUCUGGAUCCACUCCCAAGCGUGCCAAGGUCAACCCUGGCAAGGUGACCCCCGGCCAGACGACGAGCGGAUCGGUCUCAGGACAAACUACCAAAAAGUCUGAACCGGGAGUUCAAGGCCUUACUAAGAUGCAGAAGGGUAUGCAGACAAAAUUGGAAGAGGCGAGAUUCAGAUGGAUAAACGAACAACUAUACUCGAAUUCAUCCAGUGACGCUGUGGAGAUGAUGAAGAAGGACCCGAAGGUCUUCUCAGAUUAUCAUUCUACGCAUCGGAUUCUGACGGCCGCUUGGCCGACACCGCCCUUACCUUAUAUACUCGAGAAGCUCACUCCGUUACCGGCCAAAACCGUCAUUAUCGACCUUGGCUGUGGAGAUGCCUCUCUGGCUCAAGAGCUGGUCCCCAGAGGCAAAACUGUUCUAAGCUUUGACCUAGUCGGAGAUUCGAGGCUAGUCGGAGUGAACGGAGAAAGAUCCUCGAGUACAGGUGGCUGGGUGGUAGAAGCGGAUUUUCUGAAUCAUAUACCCCUGCCUGGCCGUUCGGGAAGACAGGGCAGUCCUUCCGAGAGUCGGAGCGAGGUCGUCGAUGUUGCCGUCUGCUGUCUGAGCUUGAUGGGGACGAAUUGGGUUGGAGGAAUCUACGAAGUCUGUCGUGUGCUCAAGCAGGGAGGUACUUUCCACAUCGCCGAGGUGACAUCAAGACUCGUGUCCAAUCAAGAUUUCGUGGAUAAAAUCUCGUCGUUCGGGUUUGAGCUUGUCGAAAUGAGUUCGCCGAGUACACAUUUCACCUUGUUCGAGUUUACAAAGACGACCGCCGUUCCAUACGGACCUGUAAAGGGCGAAGUUGGUUGGAGCGAAAGGGUAUCAGAGGGAGAGAGCAUCAUGAAGGGAUGCGUGUACAAGAAGCGAUAGUCUUGAUGGGCAAUGUAUGCAAUU